AUGGAAGAAAAAGAUAGAAUUAGUGAACUCCCUGCCGGUAUACUUGACAAUAUUAUGAGAUUUAUGCCAAUUCUAGAUGCUGCCAUAGUUGAAAUUUUAUCUUCCAUCUGGAAGGAUAUCUGGUUUAGUUUGACAAAACUUUGUUUUGACAGUGAUUUCUUUGAUUACUUAUGUCUUAAAUAUUCCGAUGAGGCUUUGGAAUUUCAUAUUUCUGGAGUAGUCAACAACAUUUUCAUGCGGCACAAUGGACGUAUUCACAAAGUUAUUUUCAAUUUCUGUGGAGAUAUAUUGGAUUUCGCAAAUGAUGAUAUAGCUAAUUUGUUGAAAAACAACUUGAAUCAGUGGCUUCUUCUUCUCACCCAGAAUGGUGUUAACGAAAUGGACAUUUCUUGUCCCGAAAAUUCGGGAUACCUGGUGUCAAAUUGCUUUUUUUCUUGCCCAACAUUGAAGAGAUUGAAACUUUCUGAAGUCCGUGUUGAACUAGUAGAUGUCUAUGAACUUCCAAAUGUGAUAUCACUUUAUCUUGAAUAUGUUGACUUUUUGUGUGGAGAUUAUUCGGAUUAUGUUGUUUAUCUUCCCAUGCUAGAGGAUCUCUCAUUUUGUUAUUCUAGAAACAUAUUUGAUUUUCACAUUCUUGCACCAAAACUUGGUAGUUUGAAGACCAUCCCAUCUUGUAGUUGUAGUGUUCUAAAAUUAGGAAUAAACCCCCUAUUGGGGUUGCCAUAA